CCGGCGACGCCCACGCCGCCUGGUGUCUGCGCUGUGUGGGUCGAUCUAGUCCGCGGGACUCUCCGCACGCCGCGGGUGGUUUCUCUGGUGGUCAGCGGCCCCGGAGAGGGACAGAGGCCCCCCGGUGCGCCUCGCCUCAGCACGGAAGGUGGUCCCCACCGGUCGAACGACUCCAUCUUAAGACGCGGCGUUUCUUCCGUACCUUCGCACCCGCUGCCCUGCCUCCCCGCAGCUUCCAGGGGUCACUCCUUAGACCUUGGGCGCAUUUGUCCCAGCAGGGGAGACCUAGCUUCGAAGGCUCCACGGCAGCCCGAGGUUACGGCGCCCAGGACGGGGGUGACAGGGACGCAUUUCAUCCACAGACUGCAAUGGCCAAAGAAGCGCAAGGCCUGGUGUUGUUUGAAGAUGUAGCCGUGUAUUUCUCUCAGGAGGAGUGGGAGCUCCUUAAUGUGACCCAGAAGAGCCUAUACUGUGAUGUGAUGCUGGAGAACUUUGUACUCAUUAACUCACUGGGACUUACACCUUUGAGAUCCCACGUGUUUGUUCAACUGAAGGAUGAUGAAGAGCCCUGGAUGCCUAACUGGAUGGACAUGACUCCAGUCAGCAGAGCAGAGGCCAAGAGGGAUUCUGGUCUUGGUUGUUUGUGUGGAGUGGAAGAUAAGGAAGUCCCUCCCAAGCAAGUAAAGAAUUGCAGGGUCUGCUUGUCAGAGAAGCCCUGUGUGUAUGGAAAGUCUGAGAAGGAUCAUCAGGCCACCCAUAGCAAGGGGAAGCCAUACAGGAGCACCAAACAUGGGGCAGGCUUCCAAUCUGGAUGCAGUCAUGGGCAGUACCAGGGAGUCCAUGCUGCACAGAAGCCCUUCAAGUGCAGUGACUGUGGGAAGGUCUUCAUGAAGGCCUUUGCUCUCCUAAACCACCUAAUAACUCACUCUGAGGAAAGACCCUCCAGGUGCCCAGUAAGCAGAAGUGCCUUCAAGGAGAAACCAACUCAUAUUAAUCACCAAAAAAUUCACACCAGAGAGACAUCCCAUGUAUGUAAUGAGUGUGGGAAAACCUUCAGCUACCCAUCAAAACUCAGAAAGCACCAGAAAGUUCACACAGGCAUAAAACCUUUCAAGUGUAGUGAAUGUGGGAAAACCUUCAACCGCAAAGACUCACUUGUUCUGCACCAACGAAUUCACACUGGAGAAAGGCCUUAUGAGUGCAGCAAAUGUGGAAAAGCCUUCAGUGUUCUGUCUACGCUUAUUCGGCACCGGAAAGUUCACAUUGGAGAAAGGCCCUAUGAGUGCAGGGAAUGUGGAAAGUUCUUUAAAUACAACAAUAGCUUUACUCUUCACAAGAGAGCUCACACUGGAGAAAGGCUUUUUGAGUGCAAACAAUGUGGGAAAACCUAUGUGACGCGCUCUGGCCUGUACCAACACUGGAAAGUUCACACUGGAGAACGGCCCUAUGAGUGCAACCUGUGUGGGAAAACCUUCACUACCAGGUCCUACCGUAAUCGACACCAGCAAUUCCAUACUGAGGAGAGGUCCCACGAAUGUACAGAAUGUGGGAAAACCUUCAAACAUAGUUCUACUCUGCUUCAACACAAGAAACUACACAUUGGAGAAAGGCCUUAGGGUAGGACAGGGCAUUUGGAAAAGUCUUUAGCUGCUAGCUGCUUCUUCAGCAAGAAAGGUCUUGUUCCAGAAAGGACAUUGAAGAGAAUACCCUUUGUAAGGACGCUGUGUAAAAGAAGUAAACCUUGUAUAUCCCAGCACCCACCCUAGGGAAAUAGGGUUAUGUGACUGAGCCAGUGUUCCUGGUAUCUCUGUUACUGUAGGGUUCAUUAUUGUCCAGUUUUUGUUGCCGUAGUGGCGGUGCUUUCCCACAGGGCUGUAGGGAGUGAAAUGGUAGAAUCCCUAUAUGGAUCCAAAUCUGAUUUGUAGGAUUUUUUUUUUUAAUUUGUAAAGAAUUAUUUAACUUUAUUUAUUUAUUUAUUUUUAAUUUGACCUGAGAGACAGGGAA